AUGCAGAAGAACAGAAGACUUCUUUUCGAAUACGCCGAUCUGAAAGGCGCUACGUUGGAUGCAGAGGCCUGCAAGAACGUCUUCGGAAAGAUUGCCUGCAAAGAAGCUCAGGCCCAGCUUGCCGAAAGGUCGCCGGAGAAGAAGGAACGCAAGACCAUCCACCGCCGUGCGGUGGAGCAGUGCGCCCUGACCCACCGGGCUCCCGAAGAGCUGCGGCAGCGGCGGCAGGAGAUUGUGGAGCUGCUCGAGGACGGGAGUUGCUGUAUCAGAUAUUUGUUCGGAAAGUGUUUCGGCCAAGUUGUAGCCUUGCUGAGAACGCAGGCGCGGUUCGAUUCUCCGGUACGCGCUUGGGCGAACCUGUUGGACCUUCACGCAAAGGGGAAGCUGAAGAGGCGGGAGUUCCAGACCAGCAUGUCCGUCCUGGGCUAUGCUGGGAACGUCAAGAAGCUUUGGGAAGAGAUGGGCUUGAAACCCAAGCAGUCUGUCAGGUUUAAAGACCUAUGUCCCGAAGUGAUAGACGAGAUCCGCGAGUUCAAAAACAUGGCCGGCAAGAAGAUCAUUACCUUGAUCCAGGUCUCCGAGGUGGCAGCAGGCCCCGGCAAAAGCAAAAAGGCAGGCGUGCCUGUCGACACCGACGAGUACUACAAGGUCAUCGACGCCAUUGAUUACCCCGGUGACGCAGAAAGGCUUCUGAGGCAUCUGGAUCCCGGCAAUGUGGGCUACGUGAACACCAGAACUCUGCGCAUUCUCAACGAGCAGAAGAGCGAGGAGAAGGCCGUCCCGCAGUACUUGAAGAAGUACCGCGAGAACAAACAGACGCAGCUGGAGCAGAAGAUCGCCUCCGUGAUCAUGCCACCUGUGCGGGAGCUGCUGGCGAAGCAGGACUCCGUCCGGGAAAGCUCCCUUGAGGAGCCAGCUUUGAAGCAAUUUGAAGGGGCUGAGUGGAGCAGCAAGAAGGAGGUCCGAGAUGCACGGGAGAACUUCAUCCGUGCGCUUACAGACAAGUUCGGCAGCCUCGCGAAAGCCUGGCGUUUAGCCUUGGAUCCGGAGCUGAAGAUGGUCAUCGAGAACGUGGAUCAGCUGAUGAAAGGACUUCGGCGAUCCGGCCAGAUGCCAGAUGGUGGCGAGCAUGCCCUCAGGCUGAAAGCCGAAAAGAUCUUUCAGGCUUGCCAGAACAAGGAGACGGAACAGAUUGCGCUGGAGGACUUGGACCCGCGUACCCCGGCCAUGCUCGAGAAGUUCAAGGAUCUGUGCGAGCAUCGCUUCGGCAGUCUCCAAGACGCUUUCGAAGCGAUUGACGUGGAGGGGGACUUCCGCCAACUCUGCCACGAGAUCAAACUGACGGACGGCAUGUUCCGGCUGCUCGAGUUCCUCGAUCCCAAGAGGACCGGAGAAGUCCGCCUCUCGCUGAUCGACCGGGAAGUGGCGGAGGAUGCCAUGAAGUCCACGAAGCUGGGGAAGAAGGCCCUCCUGGAGGUCCGUCGCCGCCUGGUGAAAAGGCUCCCUCGGUGGUCACGCGCAUGGAAAAAGGUGCAGGGCAAAGCUACCAAGGAGAUUGGGCGUGAUGGUUGGCUGAGCUUCUUCGAGGAGGUGGGCAUGCAGAACCAUGAAGCCCAGAAGGCUUGGGAGCUGCUGCCCGUGGAGGAGGACAAACUGUCGCUGACCCUGUUCGAACCUGGCAUCGGCAGAGAUCUCGAGGCUUUCCAUCAGAAGAUCAUUGAACGCUUCCGCAGCGCCAAAAACAUGAUGCUGAAGAUGCGCGACGGCGGAGCUGCCCUGGACAAGAAGCGGUUCCUGGAGGUCUGCUACGAGUGCCAAACUACGGGAAACGAGAAUCGUCUGUUCGAGUACCUGGAGGACAGACCUUGUAUUGAAACCUCAGCCCUGAGCCGCAUUCAAUGUUUGAGGGGACUCCUUUCAGCUUUUAGAUUGGCAGAUAUGCGAGUCAUUUGGCCAAACUACAGCAGAAGCUCGCUGUGGCAUAGGCCCAGGCUAUGCUGUUGCACCCAUUCCUUCGUGCCCAAGGAUGCAAAAACUCAAAGUGAGGUCCCGAAGCCAAGCUUGGAGACUCCAAGCGCGAAAGAUGCUAGCUUGAAAGUUGUGCCUUCGCAGGAAGACGGCGAGGUGAGCUUCGAGAGAAUCGAUGAGAAGGUCCUAUCAUGUAGCUCACUGCAGUUGUCUGACAUCGCGCACGAAGGGUUGUCGAAACAUGAAGCCAUACGGGCAUCAAGUGUUGCUCGGUAUUCGUUAGUCGUGCCGGCAGUCUCCGCUCGCGAGGCUGGCGCAGAAGUUAAAGAGCUCAUUGCGCAGGAGGAGCCAUUCACAGAAGCCGGAACUUUUUCUGGAUCGGACAACAUGUAG